AUGGCGUCUUUCCAGUACGAAGGCCAGCAGGCUCAAGACUUGGGAGGAACCAAUGUUCAGUUUGACUUUGAAGGCAGGAGAAAGCCAGUGUCCCAGUUCAAAGGUGCCCAGCAGAGUGCCACGGUGGCCAACCCAGUGCCCGGCGCCAGCCCAGACCUGCUUCCCCACUUCCUGGUGGAGCCCGAGGACGUGUACAUCGUCAAGAACAAGCCAGUGCUGCUGGUGUGCAAGGCUGUGCCCGCCACGCAGAUCUUCUUCAAGUGCAACGGGGAGUGGGUGCGCCAGGUGGACCAUGUGAUUGAGCGCAGCACUGACGGGAGCAGCGGCCUGCCCGUCAUGGAGGUCCGCAUCAAUGUCUCAAGGCAGCAGGUGGAGAAGGUGUUCGGGCUAGAGGAGUACUGGUGCCAGUGCGUGGCCUGGAGCUCCUCAGGCACCACCAAGAGUCAGAAGGCCUACAUCCGCAUCGCCUAUUUGCGCAAGAACUUUGAGCAGGAGCCGCUGGCCAAGGAGGUGUCCCUGGAGCAAGGCAUCGUGUUGCCCUGCCGCCCGCCGGAGGGUGUCCCCCCAGCUGAGGUGGAGUGGCUCCGGAACGAGGACCUAGUGGACCCGUCCCUGGACCCCAAUGUGUACAUCACGCGGGAGCACAGCCUGGUGGUGCGACAGGCCCGCCUGGCCGACACGGCCAACUACACCUGCGUGGCCAAGAACAUCGUGGCACGCCGCCGCAGCGCCUCCGCUGCCGUCAUCGUCUACGUGAACGGUGGGUGGUCGACGUGGACCGAGUGGUCCGUCUGCAGUGCCACCUGUGGGCGCGGCUGGCAGAAACGGAGCCGGAGCUGCACCAACCCGGCGCCUCUCAACGGGGGUGCCUUCUGUGAGGGGCAGAAUGUCCAGAAAACAGCCUGCGCCACCCUGUGCCCAGUGGAUGGCAGCUGGAGUCCAUGGAGCAAGUGGUCAGCCUGUGGGCUCGACUGCACCCAUUGGCGGAGCCGUGAGUGCUCUGAUCCAGCGCCCCGAAAUGGAGGCGAGGAGUGCCAGGGUGCUGACCUGGACACCCGCAACUGCACCAGUGAGCUCUGUGUACACACUGCUUCUGGCCCCGAGGACGUAGCCCUCUAUGUGGGCCUCAUCGCUGUGGCUGUGUGCCUCCUCUUGCUGCUGCUCGUCCUCAUCCUGGUUUAUUGCCGUAAAAAGGAGGGGCUGGACUCGGAUGUGGCUGACUCGUCCAUCCUCACCUCAGGCUUCCAGCCCGUCAGCAUCAAGCCCAGCAAAGCAGACAAUCCCCAUCUGCUCACCAUCCAGCCAGACCUCAGCACCACCACCACCACCUACCAGGGUAGCCUCUGUCCCCGGCAGGACGGGCCCAGCCCCAAGUUUCAGCUUACCAACGGGCACCUGCUCAGCCCGCUGAGUGGUGGCCGCCACACCCUGCACCACAGCUCACCCACCUCUGAGGCCGAGGACUUCGUCUCCCGCCUGUCCACCCAAAACUACUUCCGCUCCCUGCCUCGUGGCACCAGCAACAUGAUCUACGGGACUUUCAACUUCCUCGGGGGCCGGCUGAUGAUCCCUCAUACAGGGAUCAGCCUCCUCAUCCCCCCAGAUGCCAUACCCCGUGGAAAGAUCUACGAGAUCUACCUCACGCUGCACAGGCCAGAGGAUGUGAGGUUGCCCCUAGCCGGCUGUCAGACCCUGCUGAGUCCCAUUGUUAGCUGCGGGCCCCCCGGAGUCUUGCUCACCCGACCUGUCAUCCUCACCAUGGACCACUGCGGGGAGCCCAGCCCCGAGAGCUGGAGCCUGCGUCUCAAAAAGCAGUCCUGUGAGGGCAGCUGGGAGGACGUACUGCACCUGGGCGAGGAGUCGCCUUCCCACCUCUACUACUGCCAGCUGGAGGCUGGCUCCUGCUACAUCUUCACUGAGCAGCUGGGCCGCUUCGCCCUGGUGGGAGAGGCCCUCAGCGUGGCCGCUGCCAAACGCCUCAAGCUGCUUCUGUUUGCCCCCGUGGCCUGCACCUCUCUGGAGUACAACAUCCGAGUGUACUGCCUGCACGACACCCGCGAUGCACUCAAGGAGGUGGUGCAGCUGGAGAAGCAGCUUGGAGGACAGCUAAUCCAGGAGCCCCGCGUCCUGCACUUGAAGGACAGUUACCACAACCUGCGACUGUCCAUCCAUGACGUGCCCAGCUCCCUGUGGAAGAGCAAGCUCCUUGUCAGCUACCAGGAGAUACCCUUUUAUCACAUCUGGAAUGGCACACAGCAGUACCUGCACUGCACCUUUACCUUGGAGCGUGUCAGCCCCAGCACCAGUGACCUGGCCUGCAAGGUGUGGGUGUGGCAGGUGGAAGGCGAUGGGCAGAGCUUCAAUAUCAACUUCAAUAUCACCAAGGACACGAGGUUCACUGAGCUGCUAGCUCUGGAGAGUGAAGGGGGGGUCCCAGCCCUAGUGGGCCCCAGUGCCUUCAAGAUCCCCUUCCUCAUUCGGCAGAAGAUCAUUACCAGCCUGGACCUGCCCUGUAGCCGGGGUGCUGACUGGCGGACUCUGGCCCAGAAACUCCACCUGGACAGCCAUCUCAGCUUCUUUGCCUCCAAGCCCAGCCCCACAGCCAUGAUCCUAAACCUGUGGGAGGCGAGGCACUUCCCCAACGGCAACCUCAGUCAGCUGGCUGCAGCAGUGGCCGGACUGGGCCAGCCAGACGGUGGCCUCUUCACAGUGUCGGAGGCCGAAUGCUGAGGCCAGCCAGGCCCCCAACG